AUGACGACGCACUCGCCCCUCGUUGCCAAGUUUGUCGCGAUGCGGGCCCACAUCCAGGACGCCGACGUCGACCUGCGCCGGCAGCAGUCGCGCGACCGCCACGCGCGCUGGCGCCUCCUGAACGAUCUCCAGCGCCUCUCCGCCUACGCGCCCGAGGUACAACAGCUCGCACGGGCCAAGUUUCGCAAGCAAGACGCCGUGUACGCCGGGCUCACGACCCGCCGGCUUCCACCCCUCACGCAGCGCCGCAUGAAGACGCUCUUCGACAUGCUGCCGCAGCCGAAGGGCCUUGCCGCGACCCCGCCGCCGUUGCCCAAGCCCAUGCGGGUGCUCCGCGCAACGCCGGUCUAUGCGCUUGGGUCGCUUGGACGGCUCCCGGUGCCAGCGCACGUCAGCUUUUGCUGCCGGUGA